UUAGGAUCACCUGAGUCUUUUUUUUUAUUUAUUUAUUCCUUUUUGCUGGAGUAUCAUCCAUUUUCUGUUUGGACUGCUUUGAACUGCAUUCAGCGAUGCUGACUGAACUGAACUUCGGAGGCAUGUCUGUGGGGUCAGAUGUCUGCGAUCUGACCCUCUUGCCACCAGCACCCCCUGUGCCAUCCCUACCAGGAGCUGGAGGGAUACCUGUCGGAGGCGGCCAAUGGACCCAGCUGCUUGACCUUCACCCUGGCCCUCCCUACAGCUCCCUGAACUCCCACCACUCCCUGAUAAAGCAGGAGCCCAACUGGGGGGCCGCUGACCUAAACGAGGACCCGCACUGCGGGCACGGGGCCUUUACCGUUCACUUCUCCGGCCAGUUCACAGGCUCAGGCCCUUGUCGGGUCGGCACCUUUGGGGAGACGCCCGCGAGUCAAAGGAUGUUUCCCACUGGGGCCUACCUGCCCGGCUGCGUGGACAGCCCACCUCCAACCAGGAAUCAGGGUUAUGGAGCAGUCGGUUUAGACAGCAACCCCAGUUACGGUCACACACCCUCCCAUCACACUCCCCAGCUCUCCAGCCUGUCCUUCAAACACGAGGACACGCUGUCACCGCCGAACAGCAUAGUUGAUCAGCAGUACUCCACACCAAAUCCCAUGUUUGGCUGCCACAGUCCUCCAGAAUCCUGCCCAAGCAAUCAAGCUCUGCUGCUGAGAAACUACAACAGUGAUAAUCUGUACCAAAUGGCAUCUCAGCUGGAAUGCGUCACAUGGAACCAAAUGAACACACUGACAUCAACAAUGAAGAGCAGUCAUGGAAUCAGUUAUGACAGUGACCCUCCAGCUCCGGCCCCGCCCAUGCUCGUCAGCGCCCAGUACCACAUUCACACACACGGCGUUUUCAAGGGACUCCAGGAUGUCAGACGGGUACCCGGCAUUGCUCCUGCAGCGGCAAAGUCUGCAGAGGCCAACGAGAAGCGCCCUUUUGUGUGCACUCAUCCCGGCUGCAACAAGAGAUACUUCAAGCAGUCGCAUCUGCAGAUGCAUGGCCGAAAACAUUCAGGAGAAAGGCCUUACCGGUGUGAUUUCACGGAUUGUGGCCGCAGGUUCUCUCGCUCAGAUCAGCUGAAGAGACACCAACGCAGACACACAGGAGUGAAGCCCUUUGAGUGUGAGACCUGUCAGAGAAAGUUCUCACGGUCAGAUCACCUUAAGACACACACUCGGACUCAUACAGGUAAAACAAGUGAGAAGCCCUUUACUUGCCGCUGGCCCAACUGUCAGAAGAAGUUUGCUCGCUCUGACGAGCUGGUGCGCCACAACAGCAUGCACCAGAGGAACCUGACCAAGCUGCAGCCUGCCAUCUGAGCAGCGAGAGGCUGGGGAGUAACAUGAAGAAGAAGAAGGUGACAAUAUGUUGUGCCAGCUCGCGGAGAAACAUGCCCGGAGCCUGGUCAGCAGUUUAAGGUGGCCUGCCAGACGUGGUGAAGCGGUGAGUGCAGCUGACGGCGGCAUCAGUCAGACAUCUGAUGCCAGAAGAACAGACUGGCUAAAAUCAUCAGGAUACUCCUCAACCGCCGCUCGUUAAGGUUACAUCGCGUCAAAUCUCAGACCUUGAGAGGAGAGAGUGCCACACAAAUUCUGAGCCAAGGAUAUAUACAUAUAUUUUUUUUUUUUUUGCUGUUUAUGGGUGAUGAUGAGGAAAACAUUAAUACACUAUUCUAUUGUCAUGUACUUGCACUGUUUUGUUUUUUGUUUGAUUUUUGUCCGACUUUGAAAAUGUUACGGAUUUUGCAUUAAGAUCACGAAAACGGACUCUUAUUCCCACUUUUUUUGUCUACAUUUUUAUAUGCCUUAAAGUUGGUAUUACUCACCAAAGUGCUUUGUAUAUAUCGUACGUGGUGCCUUUUUGUAACACUCCAGACAUUCCUUAGGCACUAUCUGUGCUGUUUCAUAAAACUGAUUUGACAUCAGU